UACCAAAUUUAAUAUCGAUUGCGACAUUGCGGAAAUAUACUAUUUUGUCAACCCUGGUUAGACAUCACGCAACUCUGUCGAGCCGAAUGAACCUUCGGUGAAAACGAACACAGCGCAGAUGAAAUUUUUAUUGCAAAUGGUGGUGACGGAAACGAUCCUAUAGUUGCGCAUGGAUUUUUUCACAUUCAAUUUUGCUGUAAAAUUUUCGUAAAUUUGUUGUGUGCCGUCGUUGCACAAUAACCAUAAUAUAAAUGUUUAUAAACAACAGCGUGUGUUUGUGAAUUGUACAAAAAUUCGAACGCAGAAACGGUUUUUUUUAGGUGAAAUUCAAGUUAAAGAAGAGCUUUGCAACGGCUUACUGUUUUCGAGAUCGUUUUCUGCAGACAUAAACUAAGUUACCAAAAUGGCAGCUAAUAACAAUAUUAACAUGCACAGUAUGCCCCCGCAACAUAUGUCGCCGCUAACCGGUGGCAUUAUGCCACAAUCUGUUAUUGCGUCAACUGGUAGUGUCAACCCUAUGAUCGGCAUUCCGACUAUGCCUCAACCAUCAAGCAGCGCACAAAGCGCUUGGGAUCAACUGACAGCGUCGUCAUCUUCAAAUGUGAAUGUGCUGAAUACCACCCCAACAACAAAUCUAAUCGCUAGCGGUGGUGCUCUAGGUAUGGGAAUUGGAAGUCAAUCCAACAUGACCACAUUACAAACGCUGCCAUCAGGAAGUAAUAAUAUUAUGGGUGUGGUUGGUGGUAUUACGGGCACUAUCAAUACGGGGGGCACAGCUACCGUAUCAAUGUCGGAUCCUAACGGUCUUGGAUUGAGUAAUAUGUCUGGCGGUAAUUCACCAGCGGCUAGUUGUGCAUCCCCCUCGACACCGACAAAAACAAAUGCACCGCCAUUAGACGGUAUGAUGGCGCACACUCCUACACAAGGACCUCCUGCUAUGCAUAGCGGCGGCUAUGGUGAGGAAUUGACGGCUGAACUUGUUAAUCAAGGUUGGCGUAAAUUUUGGUCAAAACGUGAAAAUCGACCAUAUUACUGGAAUAAAAUAACUGGUGAAUCUUUGUGGGAAAUGCCCGGUGCGCGUCCGUUCGAUCCACUAACAGAUCCUUUGGGCAUUUGUCACAGUGGCGGUCAACCGCCGAUGAAUCCCGGCAUGCCUCUUCAUCCGCAUCAUAUGCAACACCCGAAUUUAAAGCGUCGUCCCUCGGAUGACAUGCAUCUUCAUUCACACCAGCAGCAUCCUCCAUUGAAGAAAUUCGUUUUGGCUGGUCCUUGGGAUUUAGAGAUUUGCACAAAUGCGGUAAUUGUUGAACGGCCACCAACGUUGCUGCCACAGCCACAUCCCGAAAUUGAAGCUUUGCGCGCCGCCUACACAAUGAAGCUUGUGAAAACGUACGAUGAUAUAUGUGUGCGACGCCAGAAUAUUAAAGCGCCCAAAGAUUCUUUCAACCGUUGGCUAAUGGAGCGAAAAGUGAUUGAUAAUGGCUGCGAUCCACUGUUACCAAGCAGUUGCAACCCAGAGAUAUCGCCCUCAAUGUAUAGAGAAAUUAUGGCAGAUAUACCCAUUAAGAUUGUUAAACCGAAAUUUACAGGUGAUGCACGCAAGCAACUGUCACGUUAUGCCGAAGCCGCUAAACAGAUCAUUGAAUCACGUACUGCACCAGCUGAGAGUAAAAAGGUUGUUAAAUGGAAUGUUGAAGAUACAUUCCAGUGGCUGCGCCGUACUGUUGGCGCUAGCUAUGAAGACUUUCAAGAUCGUCUCGCCCAUUUAAAGCGGCAAUGCGAGCCACAUCUUGUUGAGACCGUGAAAAGUUCCGUAGAGGCGCUCUGCAUUAAAAUCUAUCACUUGAGCGCUGAACAUGCUCGUAAAAUACGCGAGCGUCAUAUGCAAUUGCUAAAGGAGCACGGCAUACCGGAGCCGACGCCACCACCACCACCACCGCAUCUUAAGAAAGUGUGGUGCUAUCCGAUACAGUUUGCUGUACCAUCACCGCGUAUGCCGGCAAUUGAAUACGUGCAGGAUCGCGACCACAUGAUAAUAAAGUACACGCCAAGUACACAUACUCAACCCGAUGCGCAAUACAUCAAUUUAACACAUCUGCAAAAGUUGGAGCAAUUGUAUCGACACAAUUGUUUCGAUGAUAAGAAAUUCGAUUUGUUUAUUGGACGUGUUUGGUGUUUGCUUAAGCGCUAUCAAUCGUUCCUCGUUAAUUUAUUGAACUCGUCACAGGAGGCGGAAAUGACACAAGCAUCGUUGCCGGUACCGGUUUUCGAAUGUUUGCAUCGACACUUUGGUGUUAGUUUUGAGUGUUUCGCAUCGCCCUUUAAUUCAUACUUUAGACAAUAUUGUUCUGCGUUCGCAGAUACCGAUGCUUAUUUUGGCUCCAGAGGGCCGUUUCUUGACUUUAAACCAGUAUCCGGUUCUUUUCAAGUUAAUCCACCACAUUGCGAGGAACUUAUCGAUAAGGCCUUAUUGCACAUCGAUAAAUUGCUCACCGAUACAAUGGAGCCUUUGAGCUUCAUUAUAUUUUUGCCCGAAUGGAAGAGUAUUGCGAAACUGGAGGAGAGCAUGUUUAAACGCCGUUCCAUGGUGGUUUUGGGCAUGGCACAUGAAUAUCGUCAUGGCUACCAACAUAUUAUACCAAAAGCUGACGUCAAUGUAAAAUGUAUGCAGGGUACCCAGGUGGUUUGGUUGCAAAAUAGCGCCGGUCACACUCGUUGGGGCCCCAAUGAAAAUCGUGUUGAAGCGUUGCGUGAGGCAUUCAGGCCACAGCGCGACCGUGAGCGUGAACGUGCAGCAGCCGCAGCAGCUGCAGCUGCUUCAUCGCCACAAUCAGCUACACAUCAGUCUUCGGCUGUGCAUACUCUCAAUAAUAACACAAGUAACAGCAACAACCUUGGGGGCGGCAGCAGCAGCAACACUGCAAACAUAAAUGCCAGCACUUCAGCAGCCUCUGCCUCCGGAGUUGCUCUGUCUACAAAUACUAAUUCAACCGUAAAUCUUAACCUUAUUGGCAGUGCUAGUAAUUCAAUGCAAUCUUCGGGAGCACCACUCUCACCGCAUACGCCACCAAAUAUGACGACAUCAUCGACCGGUUCGCCCGCUAUGAGCAUCCAAAGCGCUUGUUCUUCACCUUCAUCUUCGUCAAUGUCACUUUCGCCUGCUGCACCGAGUGCCGUAGGUAUGUUAGAUGGUGGCAAUACUUCGGUAUCUAUUACAGCAACAGCCACGGCAACAGGUGGUGCAUUCGCCAGUCUCGUAGCUUCUUCCACGUCCUCUGGCAAUGUCGUAGGUGGUGCAACCUCUGGUGCUGGAGGCAGCGCUAUCACCAGUAAUGCCGGCCAAACUGUCAUCAACUCAGCAGUUUAAACGUGCAUUGAUGUUUUUAAGGCUUUGCUAAUGCAUCAAGAAAGAAUUAAAUUACGAAUUGAAAUUAAUUAAGAUAGAAAUGAAGUGGUGACCAGAAAAAAUAGAAUAAGUACAAAGGUUUGUUGCUAUUGAUUUCUACAUCCAAGCACACCAUAGGAUGGGUAACAAACCUUUUCUAUUUUUGACGUUAAUGUAAUUUAUUUAUUAAGGGAGAAAGUGAAAUAUGUAUGAAAGUGUAAAGAAACAAAAAUCUAGUAAGAAAUAUAGUUCUAGUUAUAGAAAAGGAUAAAAAAAAAAAUAAUUCAAAAAUUUUGGAUUCUUUUUAAACAUGCAAAUAAAAUAUACAAACUGUAUGUGUUUAUACUAUACGAUCACUUCACCAUUGUCUAUUUUUAGUAAUGUAUGUACAUAUAUACAUAAAAUUUACUUUAACAUAAAAACUUUACUCUUUGGCUUGCUAUUGCGACGUCGACUAGUAGAGAACUGCAAUGUCUUCUUCUAUACUUCUUUUACUAUUUUUAUGUAAUUUUUACUCUGAUGCAAAAUAUAAAGUAUUUGGUAAACAAGAAAUGUAAUACACCCUUUUUGUUUUUGGUGGCAAUUAACAUUUUUUAAAUAAAUUUUAAGUUGACUAAAAUGCUUUAAGCUACAAAAUUUAUUAUUUCCUGCGGCAAAAACAAAAGCGAACAAUUAUAAAUCUAAAUUCAAUAUUUUA